AUGCCUAGCAUAUUCUCCCGCCUCAAGGGGAAGGACGGCCCCACCAAGAUAUCCAAGUCCAAGAAGAACGGCAACCUCGAUCACCUCACAAACCAGUUGCCGCAGAAGCCUCAAUGGGAGGAUGGCUUCGCGCGGACGUCGGUCGAGCCCGAGGAGGUGCAGGAUCUGGUGCACCGCUGCACAUUGGAGCUGAAGGCUAGAGGCCUUGACAUACCAUUCUUGCUCCUCCCAUUCCGCCCGACCUCCAACCCUAGUGCAGUCCGGACUUUUAUACGGCAUUUCUUCGACCACUCCUCGAAUCUGCGCGGUGACAUGCUGGGUCAGGAGCUUCGAAUGCUAGAACCAAUGGUCAUCUCUGGCGUUAUAAAGUGGUGCUGGGCUAGGUUGCAGGGUGGUGUGGUGGGCUGGGAUGCCUAUGAGCUGUUCAAGGUCGGCGAACAUGACUCGGAUAUGGCGCGCGAUUCCUUCCGGACGUUUAUACCCCUCAGUGUAGAGAAUGAGGCGCGGUCGUCCAUAAUAUUUGACUUCUUCGACCUGCUCUCUGCCGUAGCCGCGCACGGCAAGAUGAAUGGCUUUGGCGGUCGCAAACUCUCUCGCAUGGCUUCAUGGUGGGCUUUCGAGCACAAGGAUACUGGCAACGGUUUCGAGGGUGGCUACAAAAUUUGGCUCAAGGCAGCCGAUGCGACCAGCCAUCUGUUCUUCGCCUAUUUACGAUCCAUCGCCCCUCAACAAACGCAGGCUGGAAUCUCCAUGCUUCCAAUGUCGCUUCAGAAACUGCUUCAGGAGACCGAGUACCCUCCGGAAAGGCCAUCGCUCAUGAUGUCAACAACAUACAAGGUGGUAAUGAUUGUUGAGACGGUAUCGCCGACCCCCUUUGCGCUCCUCAGGCGAGGCAACCAUUUCCAGUACCGGGACAACGACCGACCCUUGUUUGAAUUUUCCGAAUAUGAAGAUCCUGUUCAGGCAUUGACGGAGGAAUGCCGCAGAGUUCUUAAGGCGAUUGCUGCGGCGAACCAGACCCAGGCACUGUCCAGUGCCAAGCACUCGACGGGUCUGCGCGAUGCCUCUUGGUCACGGUUUGAGGAUAUCGGAUUCGGGGCGACGCUAAUGGAGGAGGAUGAUGAUUCGGAGCAGAGGCAAGGGAGGCGACAAAUUACUGGGCUUAGGACUACGCCAGCUUCGGGAGUCAAUCUUGCACGACCAACCACACCAUCGUGGGCCGAUUUCUUGUCCUCUGGGUUUGCGCAGGAUGGGCCCAACAGCCCCUCAAACCUCCUACUUCCGCCCGACAAAGUGCUUCCGCCCAUCGACACGACAGUUCGUCAGCGCAGCGCACAGUCUCACCGGCCGAGGCUGGAGUCGGAGCAGAACCUCGAGCCGGGAGAGCUGGCAAGCAUAUCCCGUCUCGAGCUCGACGACUCGUUCUGGUGGGUGUGGAUGACUAGUCUCGCACCUGAGGAGACGGCCGAGAGGAAGUCUGCUUUCGGAAGAUGUGCUGUUAUUGAAACUCAGAUCCGUAGCGGGCGGUGGCUGAUAUUCGAGGAGAUGGUCAAGGGCGCCGCGCCGGAGCCCGACGAGGGUGCCUACAUCGCGGAGAAGAAGAGUUUCUUCAGCUGGACGCGCCGCAACAAGACAGGCAUGUCCCGCAGCAAGUCGGUGGGUAAGAAUAUGCUCGGCAGGGGAGAUGGUCAUGGUGGCGACAUGGGCAACAGCAAGGCUAGCAUCGGCCCAGACCAACAAGCCAAGAUUCAAGCUGCAGCGCAGCGACUCCAUGAAAGAGAGAUGAUGGAGAAGCGAGCGGCUGCGCAAAACUCGCCGACCAGGCGUGGGAGGACGGACGCUGAGCUGAUUGCCGAAAAGACCAAGAGCGUCAUGACGCUCCAGCCCGGCCUGAAGACUGAGGCGUCCCCGGCGAUGCAGUGGGCCAAUCGGUACGACAAGGAGGCCAUCCGCGAAGCCUAUCUGGCCAGUUCCAGCACAGGCCGGGGUCUUGGGCAGUCUACAAUGCAGAGCAACGGAAACGGGUCACAUACGGGCCCCAUCCAGGAGGACGAUGAGGCGCCGCCACCUCCCCAGAAGUCGCCCUCUUUAUUUCCUCCUCCUUCGCCCGCAGUGGCGUCACAUUCUCCUGUCACGAGAGAGCAUCUUUCGCAAGCGCCGACACCGGAGCCGGCGGCCUUGCCUCCACCUCCCCAGGAGCAGCAUAGUAUGGACCUGCAACGAAGCAACCUGGUUUCCCCAGAGCCUGAUUUUAGCCCUGAUAUUAAAAAGCAGCAGAAGAAGCUGCACAAGGAGAAGGAGAAGGAGAAAGGAUCAGGUGGAUUCAGAAAAUUGUUUGGUCGCAAGAAGGACAAGGAGCCUAAACAGCAACAGGGCUCGGAGGACGCGGGCAACGGCUUCCCGCCGGCGGCAGCAGCAGCACCAGCAGCAGGAGUGGUGGGAGGAGCGGCAGGGGUGGCAGGAGGAGCAGCUGCCGCUGCCGCACUGUCGCCUGAGCCUCAUAUGACUGGACCGAGCUCGCUCGCAGCUCCCAGCGAACGAACCGAUGAUUUUACGCCCCGAGCCCACACGCCCGUCACACCCACAAAGCCCGCAACCGGCGGCGCGCCUCCCGUGCAGGAGUAUGAGCCAUCCAUCGAGACAGUAUCGCCGAUUGAGACGGUGGAUGCCAACGAGGCGCGUGAGGAGUUCAGUCGGUUUGAUCAGGGCCCACUAGCGGACCAGCCAGCCUUUAUUCCCGACGACUCGGACGACGAGUCUUUUGAUGCCAUCCCGCCACCCAUCGCCAGGCAGCGUGAGAACGUCGCUCCGCAAGCACCACCCGCCCCUGCUCCCGCCCCUGCUCCUGCCCAUGCACAUGCCCCCGAGGUCCAGUCGCCCACUAGCCUGACACCGGCCCAGGAUAGGUGGGCGCAGAUCCGCAAGAACGCGGCAGAUCGUGCGGCACAGCAGAGGCAGAGCGAGGAGCAGAGCCAGGGUGGGUACAGUAAGACGACGGAUGGCGAUGGCGAUACGAGUGGAGAAGAGACUAUCGAAUCCAGGGUUGCCCGAAUCAAGGCCCGGGUGGCUGAGCUGACGGGCAACAUGGAGAACUCGGCACCACCAGGCAGCCGGACGCCUCCUCCUAUCCGUCGUUGA